CCCCCGAUGCCGUAGUGGUUGUAAAACAGGAUCCGAUCGCGCUCCGACUAACGGGAAGAAGGCGGUUGUGUCGGAACGUCGUCGGCGGCGGUGGUAUCGAUGGACGUAGCGCUCUUCUCUCCGGCGUCUCUCUUUCACGACGACGAGGUCGGUGGAGAAUACUCAGCGGCGGCGGAGGGGAACGAGAGCGCGGCGGAGCAGCAGGUUCAUGUGGAGAGAAACCAUGCUUUUCCUGGAAUGGAGUUGAAUCUUCGAGAAUUUUCAUUUCACCAGCUAAAUGCCAAUUUGUUGUGGCCUGGGACAUUUGCAUUUAGCAAUUGGUUAGUUGAGAAUCAGUCUCUUUUACAUGGAGCACGCAUCUUGGAGUUAGGAAGUGGAACCGGAGCUUUAGCCAUUUUCUUGAGAAAAUCGUUCGGGGUGGACAUUACAACCUCUGAUUUUGAUGACUUGGAAAUAGAAGAAAAUAUAGCUUACAAUUGUAGAGCUAAUGGGCUACCUGUGCUGCCUCACAUCAAGCAUACAUGGGGAGACACCUUUCCGAUUUCUGAACCGGAUUGGGACUUGAUCAUCGCCAGUGAUAUCCUUUUAUAUGUGAAACAAUAUUCAAGCUUGAUAAAAACCCUCUGCUUCCUCCUCGACUCGUACAGAAGGAAGGACACAAAAGCUAAAGCUGCAGGGGCUCUCUCCGUAUCAGGAAAAGAGGUGCAAGUGAGGCGGCCAGUUUUCCUCAUGAGUUGGCGGCGCAGGCUUGGGGGAGAGGAGACCCUUUUUUUCACGGGAUGCGAGGAUGCUGGUCUUACCGUACGCGAUAUGGGGUCUCGUGUAUAUUGCAUCAGCCGCGACUAGACUUAGAAGAGAGAGAGAGAGAGAGGGUGCUGCGUGGAGUUUCUAAAGGACGGUGACAACCCUUUUCGGGGCAACAUCGCUUUACGUCCCUAAGGGAAGGUCAGCAUUCAGGCGUGAAAAGAUCGUGUGGCUUUAGAUUGUCCCCCUUUGAAUAGAUGUUUCGCCCAUUUAACUACUGGUUCCUGCGAUAGAAGAAGUUGUGUAAACGUCGGGUGUGAAGCGAUCUUAAUUAUGAGCUAAAAAAGCCCAAAUGUUCACCCGAAA